AUAGUUAUGUCACAUGUUUAGAAUCAAUUAUCAAACGGUAGCGAAGUGAACUUUGAAUAACUUUAAAUCAUGACAUAAAAGAAUUUAGUUUAGUUUAACUUUAACCAAAUAAAUUAACUUGUCCACUACAGUGUUAGUGACAAGUAAAUAAUUCUAUCGCAUAAUUAUUUAUAUUAAUUCAGUGUUGUUUACAUUACUAUAAGUGAGAUAACCUCUAUGUUAUUACUAUAAUUCUGUUUCACCUUUUUCGUUUCUGUUUGAAAUCUCACAAUAUCACAUCAAUUAAGAAAAUUAAAUAAAUAUAAAAUGGAUAAUGAAAGGAAAAGUAACAUUAUUCGUGUAGGAUCAAGGAAAAGUCAGCUUGCUCUUAUACAAACUAAUCAUGUAAUUGAUUGCCUGAAGAAUGUGCAUCCAGAUAAAGAAUUUACACUGGUAUCAAUGACAACACUGGGUGACCGUGUCUUGGAUGUGUCCCUUCCAAAAAUUGGUGAAAAAUCACUAUUCACUAAGGACUUGGAAGAUGCUUUGCACAACAACACUGUAGACUUUGUUGUGCAUUCAUUAAAAGACCUACCUACAUCUCUACCUGAAGGUUUAGCAAUUGGGGCAGUUUUUGAGAGGGAAGACCCUAGGGAUGCAUUAGUGCUUCGUGAUGAUAUCAAGGCCACUUCAUUGGAAGAUUUGCCUGAAGGCUCUGUUAUUGGAACUUCAUCCCUUCGUCGCACAGCCCAAUUGCGAGGCAAAUAUCCACAGCUAAAAGUAAUAGACGUCAGGGGAAAUCUCAAUACUCGUUUAAAGAAAUUGGACGAUCCGGCUACAGAUUAUUCAGCUUUGUUGCUCGCCAGUGCUGGCAUGCAGAGGAUGGGAUGGGCUGACCGAAUAUCGAAGUUUUUACCAUGUUCGGACAUGAUGUACGCCGUGGGGCAAGGGGCGUUAGCAAUUGAAUGCCGGUCGGAUAGUGAAGAAAUUUUAAAAAUGUUGGCGCCAUUUAACCACCCUGAAACGUACUGUAGAAUACUGGCAGAAAGGAGUUUUUUAAAAACCUUAGGUGGUGGUUGCAGCGCCCCAGUUGGAGUGUCUACUAAACUCAAAAAGUUAGAUACAAAUUAUCAACUCACAAUAUCAGGUGGAGUAUGGAGUCUUGAUGGUGCAACAAAAAUAUGUCAUACCCUUGAACAAACAUUCGAACAGAUAAACAUAUUGGAACAGAUGAAAAAUAAUCCCAAACACAAACUUAGUCCUACAGAUGACGGCUCAACAAAAAAAAUUAAAGUUGUUGAUACCAGUGAUAAUAAUGAUAAUCCAUUAGCAGAACUAGAUAAAAUAAUUAAGUCUGACAAUGCAAACUGUGAGGAAUUAAGAAAUGAUGAAGAAAUAGAGGCAUCGAAGAAGAUAUUUUGUGGUUUAAAAGCAAAUCGGAAUGUUCCGGUGGAUGUAAUUCAAAAAUGCGAUGAUUUAGGUCGUGAUUUAGCUAAUUUGUUGAUUGAAAAGGGUGCUCUUGAUGUCAUGAAAGUUACACAAGAUCUAAUACGAUCUUCAGUUGUCAAGUCUUGAUUGAUAAAUAAAACGCGAUUAACGGUAGUUUUUAAUUUACAAAUGAGGUGACUAGCAAUUUAUAAAAAUUUACAAUUAAAUUUAUAUGUCAAAAUAAAUGCCAUACAAUGCAUAUGUUUAACGAGAAAUAGAUUGCUCAACGAUGUUUAUUUUAAAAUAAGAGCAAAUUUAAACCAUGAAUGUAUAUAUUUAAAAUAUUUUGUUUUAGAUUAUAAUUAGAUAACAAUUUGAACAAAGCUGUUAAAGUGGAUAAGAAUUUUCCAAACUAUAUCAUUUAAAUGAAAUUAUUGUUACCUGUUGUUAGUUAUGAAUUAUUUUUAAAAUAAUAUUGUUAUUGUGUAAAAUCGCUAUAAAUGUCCUAUUAUAGACUUUAUAAUUAAUAGUGUACCUUGCAUGUUAUAAUUUUCUUGUCCUCGAUUUUUUUAGACAUAGCAACAUUCCCUAAUACACUUACGUUUCGAAGUGAUAAAUUAAUAUGAUACGUUUUGUUUGUGUUGCGACACCUACAAUGUAGUAGCAGCUAAAGAUGUAUACAACUAAGAGGCUUUCAGUCCACUGAGGCCCUUAGGCCAGUUACACUGGUUUUUCCUUUAGAUGGAAGUACAAAUACUUAUUUUAUAAUCGUGAUUGGUCAUCAUCAUCAGAUAGCUUUACAUCUAAUAAUAUAUAAAUUAUCAACUGUCGACUGAUCUUUGCUCUUAAUCAGUGGUGAAUUCUGUAUAAAAAAUUGUAUAGUUAAUAGUUAAAAUAACAAAUGAAAUCUCUCUAAAAAGGGAUUUUUAUAAUAAGGCCAUUAUUGCGGAACUAUUUGUAGAUAUAUUUAAGUAAGUACUUAUUACACAAUAUAAUCACGUACUUAUAUUGUUGAAUUUGGGUAUUUUAUAAAUAAAUUGGUUGUUUAUGGGUAUUUUUAU